CCUCUUGCUUGCUGCAUGUCCAUUAUGCUGCCUUGGUUACUCGGGUUACUCGAUGUUUAGCCAGUAGCCAUCUCAUCGAGAACUAAAGUGUACCCAGUCGUAACCACAGCGAGCUAGCCAAGAAACCCCCGAAAGAUUCAGCAGUGUUGGUCGCUUGACUGCUUCUGAGUUCGUUUUCACCAUCAACUAGACUAGAUCUAAUCAAGAUCUCACAAUUUCAACUUCUCUCCUCUCCCAAAAGGCAUCACAAAACGAAGUAAAGCAUCGAGAUACCAUGGCUACCCUCACGUUGAUUCCCUCCAAUGAUAUCAUUGCCACCACCGUCGACAUGGUGAAUCCUUGUGCCACCAUCACGACUACAGCUGUUACCCCCAAGAGCAUGAGAAGAAGUAUUCGCUUUGAUGAAGAUCCCGUGUCGGAUAUCUUCAUUGUCAACCGCAUCUGCGAGAGUCUCAUCUUGACCAUGUUCUACCAACCAGAAGACUUUGCUCGUUUCCGCUACGAGCGAAAUAUUGAAAUGAUGGAGCUGCAGCAACAGCAGGGUGGACGAAGGCGAUUCCCCCAGCGUUGCAGCAUGGACCUAGUGAGGAACAACAUGGCCGUCCCCGCUGCUCCUCCUCGAGAGGUCGAUCCUUUGAGGGUCAAGAUUCAGCGCCCCAAGUCAACACGAGGCAUAUCUCCUGUGCGCUCUUCUACUGGGCGUUCCGCGUCUCCUGUACAGAAUGGACGACAGCUCUCUCCACUCCGCCCCUGUUCUCGUAGACGUCCACAGACGCAUUCUCGACCUAAAAACAGCGGCGGCAAGCGACCCAUGGCCUUGGCUGCCUAAUUUAAUUGCUCAUUCGCCGACCAAUCUUUGCUGAUCUCCAGCCAGUACCGUACACAGUGUAGUAACCAAUGAUUUGGGUCGUCAGGAAACGGGGACGAAACUUGAACAAAACAUCUCAACUCAUUCAUAUGGGACGUCGAGGUGCUCUUUUGUAAACAGAAAAUAAAAUACGUAGACAACAUCCUUUUCUAG